GUACCUAUGUUCGAUUAGUAUGGCGGGGAAGUCUCUGGAUAUCUGUCAUAUUUUGUGCAUAAAUAUAUUUGGCCCAUUUAUUUCAUGUUUCAUACAAAGAUUGACAAAGGUAAUAGACAUAGGAAACUAUAAGAAAGUAGUAUCUUUGUCUAUGAUAACAGAGUAAUUUUGUCGUAGUUAAGCCUUUGGUUAAGCGAAUAAAGUCUCGUUGCCUCGUUCCUGUGAGCUUUAUAAAAGUUAGAUAUCUUUUACUGAGGUGUGAUUAAGUACAAUGAGCUUAAAUCAAGAAAUCUUAAAAUAUGCUCCCUCGUACUGGGACAAGACAUUGCAAAAUAGAGAAGAAAACAUAUCAUCAAGUAGUGACGAAUUUAAGAACAUUUUUUCCGAAAUCACCAAAGCCGUCUACAGCACCCACUUCUCUGUUCAAAAAAUUAUCAGAAUUCAAAAUAUUCAUGACUUGGGUCAAUUGUUAAUUCGAGAACAACUGUUAGUAACAAGUAAUCCUCAUACACAGUAUUAUAGGGUAAGAAGAUUUAUAAAAAUAAAUAAACUAUAUUAUGGAAAUGCUAUAAAAUAUAAUAUAGACCAUCGAAGAUGUGGACUUCCUCAAGUCCAAUUUCGCAAAUCCGUUGGUAUGUCCCCGUCUUCAUCACAUGUGUUGUUAGUUGUGCAAGUGGUAACUGACAACCCAUCUGCAGAGUACAUAAACCCUGCAAAUUCUUUAGAAUAUUUUAUUGAAUAUGUUGUAUUUUUCAAAACGCUUUCUAUAUUAUGACUGAUUAGGUGAAUAAUUCUUGAUCAUAUUAUAUACAUUUUAUAAUUUUCCAAAUUGUUUACCAAAGUUGAUUAUUUUAGUUUUUAGAACAUUGUAUAUCAAUAUUAACAAAAUAAAUAUUUUUAUAUAGUCAA